AUGAUACAUUCGAACAUCUUGGAGUUUAAGCAAGAACUUUCCAGCUGAGAUAUGAAGAUACCAACAUUCUCGUCAAAGAUAGUCCCUCAAAUGCAGUUGAUUGGUAGCUUAUGAUGCCUUUUUCAGCUAUGCAAGACAAGCACAUUCAUGUCCAGUUCAUGCAAAUUGGAAUCUGCAGUUGCAGGAUACCUUCAUUUUCAAGCAAGAAAUGUAAAGUGAAAAAAGUGUAAAAAGGAAAAGAAGAGGUAAUGGAGGCAUCAUAUCCACUUUACCUUUCUCCCCUGGAAUAGAGGAAAGAAGAUAAUUUAAUACCAGAUAGAAGAUGAUUGCUGUAGCUUCUCCAAGCAAACAUUCUCAACCUUUUCAUCUGUAUAAAACAACUGACAUCUCCAGAGCACAAGCCCCUGCAUAGGAGCAUUUCUUCUUGCGCGACCAAAUUUGCAAAUGGCCAAUUCACGAGCACCCGGACAAAUUGCUGCCUCGCCCGCCCAUUCAACGCUACUCAGAAUCAUUGCUAUGAUCUUACUAGCUCUGAUUCUCCUUGUAGGCAUAGCUGUGAUCGUCAUUUGGUUAGCAGUCAAGCCUCGAAAGCUUGUCUAUACAAUUGAGUCUGGCUCAAUUCAUAACUACAAUUUAACCGAUGAUCAUCUCAAUGCCACCUUCAAUUUUGAGCUGAGAGCGUACAACCCCAACAGCAAGGUCUCAAUUUACUAUGACAGAAUUGAGACCAGAGUUUUAUACGAUGAUUCGACUGUUGCAUUCAACAAUGUCCAGCCCUUUUAUCAGCCUCGACGAAAUGUGACUCAUCUGGGGCUAGAUCUUGUCGCCACUAACGCUGGCCUGUUUCCAGGGACUGCAAGAAACCUGAGGAUGGAAAGAAGUACCGGGGAGAUCGAAGUUGAGGUUCGAGUGAAGGCGAAGAUAAGGUUCAAGGUUGGAGCAAUUAAAUCUCAUCGUACCUUAAGGCUUUUAUGUGGCCCUCUUGUGGUUCAUUUCUCUUCAUCCAGGAAUUUCGAGAGGACCUUCUGUGAUAUUGAUUUGUAAUAUAUAUAUAGUAACUUAAUACCCAGCCCCUGAUUCUGAAGUCUUAUGUUAUUCUUGAAUUGAGGUUUGUUUAUUUUUUUUUCCAUUUUUUGAUCGUUUGGUUUUCUUCGGUGUCAUUUGUUAUAUUUGGUUAAUCCCAUAGUGUAUCUAUUUUGUUCGUUUUGUUAAUGUACCAUUCGCAGCCUGGUUUGAAUGUACAUUGGUGCCAUAUUCAACUCUGAUAUCAAAAUGUUCCUUUUUGAUUUUCUAA